AUGGAUAAGAUUAUCCUUAGUAGCAAGUUAUUGAGGGGUAAGCCUCCCUAUUGGGGCCCCCUCCUUGGGGGGCCCCCAAGGGGCCCUUGUGUAUCGAUACACUCGACGUGGUACAGCAGCAGCAGCAGCAGCAGCAACAGCGGCAGCAGCAGCAGCAGCAAUGAACAGCAGCAGCAGCAGCAGCAGCUAAAUGUUGGAAGACAAGGGGUGGCUACGGGGAAGGACCCUUUUGCGAGACGAAUCUGUGGUGGGCCGACAGCAGCAGCAGCAGCAGCAGCAGAAACAGCAGCAGCAGCAGCAACAGCAGCAGCAGCAGCAAGAAACACAACUGUUGAAUCAACACCUUCGUCAGAACUUGAGCAGCAGUUGCUGCUGCUGCAUGCAGCAGCACGGCAGCACUGCAGCAGCAGGAAGAGCAGCAGACCUAUUAGUCCUAAGGAAUUCCUUUCUUUGCUGAAGGCGCCGCAGCAGCUUCUGCUGCAACAACUGCAGCAGCAGCAGCAACAGCAACAGCAGCAGCAGCAGGAACAGCAGCAGCUGCAGCUAGAGCAGCUUGUCCAGCUGCUGCAGAGCCUCUCCCGCUUAUCCAGGCCGUACAGACACUUGCUGCAGCAGCAGCCGCUGCUGCUGCCGCAGCACCUGCUGCUGCAGCGGGGUCUUCGUUGGCACUCAAAGGGGGGGCGAGAAGCAGCAGCAGCAGCAGAAUCUGCAACAGGAGCAGCAGCAGCAGCAGCAGCAGCAGCAAAGCAGGGACCUGGUAGUGCAGCAGCAGCGGAGGGACCGACAUGCAAAACCCAGCAGUUGGAGAGCCCAUUAGUUGCAGCAGCAGCAGCAGCAGCAGCAGCAAACACUGCAGGAGCAGCAGAAACAAGUGCAGCAGCAGCAGCAACAGCAGCAACAACAGCACUUGCUGCAGUACAAUCUGCUGCUAUUAAGGAAGCAAAUCAAGAUGCACGACGUGUACAUACACCUGCUGCUGCAGCGCAGCAGCUGCUGCGGCUUGUACGGCAGGUGCUGCUGCUGUCUCUCAGGUUGCUGCAGCAGCAGCAGCAACACCAGCAGCAGCAGCAGCAGAAUUCACCUCACCGUUUGCUGCUGCAGCAAGAUGGCCAGAGGGUGCAUAGAAAUGAUCAAAUGAUUUCGGGUAGUCAGCAGCAGCAGCAGCAGCAGCAGCAACUGCUGCUGCUGCAGCUGUUGCAGCAGCUGCGGUGUAUGGGCAUCUGCUGCCCUGAUUUUAUAUUUGCUGCUGCUGCGCUGCUGCAGCAGCAGCAUAGUUUGCUGCUGCCGCAGCAGCAGCUAGUGCAGCUGCUCGACAGUUUUGCUGCAGCAUUCGUCUGCAUGCGGCAGCAAACUGCAGCAGCUGCAGCAGCAACAACAGCACCACCAAACAGUGCUGCUUACAAUGCUGCUGCUGCAGCACCUGCUGUUGCUGCUGCCGCUGCUGCUGCUGCUGCUGCUGCUGCUGUGCAGGGCCUAUUCAGGAAGGUAGCUCGCCAGUUGAACUAUCGCUUCCGUAUGGAUGCGCAGCACCGCCGGCGGCUGCGGCAGCAGCAGCAGCAGCAGGACGAACAGCAGCAAGAGCUGCAGCAAGAACAGCAACAGGGACAGCAGCAACAGCAGCAGCAGCUGCUGCUGCAUGCAGGAGAACUUGCGCAGCUGCUUCGAGCUUUUGCCCGUGUAGGGGUUGUUGAUUUUGGGGUGUAUAGGCACCUCACAUCUACCUACCUAACAAGGGCGCUGCAGCAGCAGCAGCAGCACCAACAGCAGCAGCAGCAGCAAGUGUUGCAGCAACAGCAGCAGCCUGUGGAGGACGGUCGCACCUCCUGCAGGCAACUUAGUCUUCUGUUUGCUGCUUGUGUAGAUGCUAUUGCAGCAGCAGCAGCAGCAGCAGAUCCAGCAGCAGCACGCGUAUCCGUACCAGCAGCAGCAGGAGCAGCAGGAGCAGCAGCGGAGCAGGUAGCAGCUGUACACCGAAGACUAGCUGCUUCAAGGGAGUGGGAAGCAGAUCCAGCAGCAGCAGCAGCAGAUCCAGCAGCAGCAGCAGCAGAUCCAGCAGCAGCAGCAGCGGAUGCAGCAGACGUAGAAGCAGCAGCAGCAUCAGAUCCAACAGCAGCAGCAGCAGCAGCAGCAGCAGCAGCAACAUUAACGUCUAGCCCUUCACCGUUUGUGCUGCUGCUGUCGCGGUGCCUUGCCCCUUUAUGUAGCAGCCUCAGCAGCAACCUGCUGCUGCUGCAGCAGCAGCAGACACACGCAGAAGCUGUGCUCGUGCUGCGGUCUGCGUGUCAGCUGCUGUUGCUGCUGCAGCAGCAGCAACAGCAGCAACUGCAGCAGGUGUAUACACUCGGCUUGGCGCUGCAGCAGAAAUACGUCAAGAGGGCUAAAGACACAGAGGACCGGGCUGCAGCAGCAGCAGCAACAGCAGCAACAACAUCAGCAGCAGCAGCAGGGACAGAAGAAGAAGCAGCGGCAACCGAAGCAACAGCUGCAGCAGCAACAACAACAACAACAGCAGCAGCACAUUUGGUGCAUCUGCGGUGUCUAGGCAGCUUACGGCCUCUCUUAGAGGGAUUAACAAUUAGGGUGUCUUCUUGCUGCUAUCUGCUGCCGCUGCAGCAAAUUGUACAGCUGCUGCUGCUGCUGCAGUGCGUUGACACCUUUGCUGCUGCUGUUGCUGCUGCUGCUGCUGGUUCUAAUGCAGCAGCAGCAGCAGCAGCAGCAGCACCGCUUGCACCCCUUAUGCUGAGUAGACCCGCUGUACGGCUGCAUUUGCUGCAUUUGCUAAAACAGCAGCAGCAGCAGCAACAGCAGCAGCAGCAGCAGCCAGCAAGCAGCGCUUGUAUUCCUUUGCUGCUGUUUGCUGCUCGUUAUAUAUCUAAAGGAGGAGGUGCCUAUACACCGCAGAAGGAAGCUGCUGCUGCUGUUGCUGCAGCAGCUGCUGAGCAACUUGCAACCCCCGAGUCCUUCCGCUUGCUGCCUCCCUCCCGUCUAGUGACUGCUGCUGGGGCAAUUGCUAAAUGCCUAGCAGCAGCAGCAGCAGCAGAAGGAGCAGGAGCAGCAGCACCACCAUCAUCAUCAGCAGCGGCAGCUCAUGCUGCUGCGAAGUUGGAGAGCAGCAGCAGCAGCAGCAGCAGCAGCAGCAGCAGCAGCAGCCUCUCGCCAAUAGUUGUAGAAGACCCAAACGAAUACGAUGGCUUUGCGCUGCCAAGCAUUACCAGCAGCAGCAGCAGCAGCAACAGCAGCAGCAGCAACAGGGAGGAAAGCGUGAAGGAGCCGCAGCUCAGUGGUUAUGCCCCAGCAGCAGCUGCUGCUGUGUUUGUAAGAGCAAUAGAAGGCCUCUCUGAGGCUCUGCUGCAGCAGCUGCAGCAGCAGCAGCAGCCGCAGCAGCAGCAGCAGCAGCAAGGGCAGCAGCGGUUGCUGCCUUCCAGCCGCUGCAGCAGCAGCAAAAGCAGCGAUGUGGGCGCUGCGGUAGAUAGAGAGGCAGAGUCUGCUUCCUCAUCUUCUCUUGCUGCUGCUGCUGCUCCUGCAUCUGCUGCUGCUGCUUCUACGUCUGCUGCUGCGGCUGCUGCUGCUCUUGGCGGUGUCUUGUCUUUGCGCGAGGUGUCGCUGCUUCUAGCUGCCCUACUUAAAGCAGCAGCAGCAGCAGCAGCAGCAGCAGCAGCAGCAGGCGACGUCGGACCCCACGCCACAACUCUGAUGAAGGUGUCUGUCUACCUGCUGGAGCAGCAGCAGCAUCUGCUGCAGGUGCAGCACGUGGGGAUAUUAGCAGCUGCCCUGCAGCAGACAGCAGCAGCGCCUGCAGCUGCUGCAGGUAGCUGCCUUAGCUGUGUUGAGGCUGCUGCUGCAUUUGCUGCAGCAGAUAGUAGAGCUGCAGCAGCAGAAACCCCUUCCCCUACCCCUGCAGCGGAUACUACCGCAGCAGCAGCAGCAGCAGCAGCUGCUGCUGCUGCUGCUGGACCCAACGCACAGCUUGCCCGUGGGGCUGCUGGUCUCAUGCCUAUGCGACUGCUGCAUGCAGCAGUUGGGGCUUACAGCAGACUAGCGACCUCCAAAAGAAACAGCAGCAGCAACAGCAGCAGCAGCAACAGCAACAGCAGCAGCGGGGAAGAUGUGCUGCUGAUGGCCGAUACAGGCGUGGCUUUGCUGGCAGCAGCUUGCCGCUUACGGCAGCAGCAGCAAAAGCUGCUGCUGCCUAUUCACGGCAACACAGUAGCUGAGGAGGAGGAGCAGCAAGAGCAGCAGCAGCAACUGCAGCAGCAGCAGCAGCAGCUUGCUGCCUUGCUGUGUCAGCAGUUAAGUAGAUACACCCCAAAGAGCUCUGCGCUGUUCAUGCAGACUACCUCAACUGUACGCCGCUUCAUUGCUCAGCAGCAGCAGCAGCAGCAGCAAGAGCAGCAGCAGCAGCAGCAGCAGCAGCAGCAACAGGAGACGGUGGGGGCAACAGGGGUUAAGCUAUCGCUUCGUCUUGCUGCUGCUGCGCUGCAGUGCGGCAUCUCGCUGCUGCUGCACCUCAAGGGUGAGGUUACAGCAGCAGCAGCUAAGCUGCAGCAGAUCCGCUGCAGCAACACCAUGGGUCCCCCUGCUGCUGCUGCACCAGCUGCUGCUGCUGCUGCUGCUGCUGCUGCCGGGGCUGUAGCUGCUGAGGUUGUGCAUGCGCUGCUUGGAUUCGGCAGCUUAAUACGAGCCCUAUCCCCUCCCCGCAACUCACCACCCUCAGCAGCAGCAGCAGAAACAGCAGCAGCAGCAACAGCAGCAACAGCAACAGCAACAGCAACAGCAACAGCAACAGCAGCAGCAGCAGCAACAGCAGCAGAUAUUGCUGCAGUUGCUGCUGCUGCUCGCUGCAUGCGCUGCACGGGGGGUCGUGCAGUAUGCGGGCCUCCCUCAUCACCCAUACCACGGGAGAGAGACAUGCCUGGUGUGCUGCUGGUGCUGCAGAAGCAGCUGCAGCAGCACCAGCAACCGCAGCAAUGGCAGCAGCAACUGCUGCAGCAAGAGCACAGGCAGCAGCAAUGUCGCGUCGGCCCCCCCGCUGUUGCUGUGCUGCAGUGGGGGCAGCGGCCCGAGGGAGAAACCCCCCAGAUGCAGCAGCAGCAGCAACAGCAACAGCAGCAGCAGCAGCAGUCAACAAACAACAGACGCAGCAAGAUAGACAUUCCUGAGGUGCAGCAGCAGCAGCAGCAGCAACAGCAGCAGCAGCAGCAGCAACAGCAGCAGCAGCGUGCAGCGGGUAGUACCCGAAUCCCCGAUGCUCCGUUAACAGAUCUUGGUCAUCAGCAGGCCGCAUCUGCUGGUGCGUGGUUCCUGCAGCAGCAGCAGCUGCUGCAGCAGAACCAUCAACAGCAGCAGCAACAGCAACAGCAGCAGCAGCAGCAGCAUGGAGCCAAUCCACGUAUAGCAGCAAUAAUUGCUUCCCCUAUGCUACGGAGUGUACAGACAGCUAAGGAGGUGCAGCAGCAGCUAAAUAUACCAAUAAUUAUUCAUCCUCUUCUCUUUGAGGCUGGCGGCCUAUUUGAGGGGGAGAGGGAGGCAACAGAUACUGCUGCUGCUGCUGCUGCUGCAGCAGCAGCAGCAGCAGCAGGUGGUGCUGAUGCUAGACUCCAGAAAGAACAGCAGCAGCAACUGCAGCAACUGCAGCAGAAGCAGCUAGGACUCACCUGGCAGCAGCUGCAGCAAAUAUGCCCAGGAGCUGUACUAGCUAGUGGUAUAACAUGGCCUGCUGCACCAGGAGCAGCAGCAGCAGGAGCAGCAGCAGGAGAAGGUGCAGCAGCAGCAGCAGGAGCAGCAGCAAAUAGCACCGAUGGCAAUAAUUGUUGCUGCAGCAACGGCAACAGUAACAGCAGCACCAACGCUUCAACAGCAGCAGCAGCAGCAGCAGCAUUGGGGGGCCCCCUUGGGGGAGGGUACAGCAGGGAGAAUUUCUUAGGGGGGGCCCCCUGGUGGUUGGGCCCUAGGGAGACAAUAAUGGGUACAAUAAGGAGACUGCUGCUGCUAAUAAGAUGGAUGGAUAGUAUAACAGCGCAUGCAGCAGCAGCAGCAGAGGGGGGAGAAGGUGCAGCAGCAGCAGCACUUACAGGUGAUGCAGCAGCAACAGCAGCAGCAGCAGCAGCACUAAAAGGAGACGGCGCGCUGCUGCUUGUAGGGCACGGGCUAUUGAUGGAUAUAUUAAUAAAAGCAUUUCUUGCUGCACCUGCAGCAGGAGUUUGCUGCUGCACAUUCCUGCAGCAGCAGCAGCAACAAAUACUGCAACAACUGCAGCAACUGCAGCAGCAGCAGCAGCAGCAGCAGAACGGCUGCUGCCGACUUGGAGACACCCUCUAUGUCCCUCCGCAGCAACCUGCUUACUUCUUGUCUCCUAAUUGUUCUGUCUCCUGUGUAGACGUCAUCCUGCAGCAGCUGCAGCAGCAAAUCCUAUAA